CUGUCAGGUAAGGCUUUGUGAGGCUCAUCUCUUGACGUCAGAACACAAGCGGUGCCAUACCGGAUCCCGAUGUCGAGUCUGUGUCGAGUAACCUUUCAUGGCAAAAACUAGAGCCGGCAGACAAUUUCAAUCAUCGUCGGUCCAUUCUUUCUAUACCUACCUAAAAUGACGGCGUCCAAGUUUUGUUGUGAGGUCUAACGCAAUAAUGCGACAAGAUUGUAUACCGUCGGACUCGGACUGCACGUAACAAGACUGUGUCGCCGUGCCAGCGUCUCCGUGACACACGGCUGGGUGGUUGGAAUCGCGAUCUGAGUCUUGCACGUGGAGACGACUGAAUCACACUACUGCCACGACGUACCCAACGACAUCCUCCCCGUCGACAGUGGCUGUUGCGGCGGAGCCGGUCGUUAGACGGACGCCCCCUCCGCCAGCGCGGUAUUUGACCCAGUGUGUCCGGGUGACAGCGCGGCCGCCGGUGGCCGCUGACGGCGCUGACAUUCUCCGUCGGAGCGUCAGCGAUGCGGUUGUGCAGCUGGUGGUCAGCGGUGCUGCUGGUGGUGGUCUGUGCGCCACCAGGUGACGCCGAACCGAGUGGGCGACAGCCGGCACUGCGCAGCCGUCACCGGCUACUGUGGCUGAGGAAAGAGGAACCGCUCAGCGGCCGCUGGGCGGAGCGGCAUUCUCUUCUGCGGGGUCAUCUAAACCGACAAACGUCAGGCGACAGAACCAAGAGGCUUCUGUCCAAGUUUCAUCCAAGUCACCCCACGCCACGCGCUGGUAUCAAGAGGCUACUGCCUAGACGUCAUCUGAGGCGACCCACGCCACGUACCAGAACCAAGAGCCUCCUGCCCAGCGCUCGUCCGGGCCGCCGCUCUCGCUGGGUGCUCGGUCGUGCCUCAAGAGCCAUUUCAACCCGCCGGGAGCGUCGCAAUACGAAGCCGUUCAAAAGGAGCAGCAAGCUGAGGGCGUGGCCUGGCGGGAUGGCGGGGCGGCGCCGGCCGCUCUCCUGGUACCCGUCACACACGACACUCUUCCUCCGUCCCGUCUGGAGCCAGACCACGCCGUUUCCAGCGCACCAUGGAGCCACAGGCACAGGAAAAGCUGCCAGGCUUUUUGAAAGUGUAUUCAAGCAAGAUCAUGCAACGCCAGAGAUCAACGUCUCUCUGCAGAAGAACGACACAGAUCGCGAGCGGGUGGAUAGAAUCCACAACGUGACCCUGUUGGAUCGGAACACCACGCGAGAGGUGCAGGGCGGCUCUGAGCCGAGACUGGCCCGCCUGAGGGAGACCCAGGACACAGACGACAGGCUGCGGAGGAGCACCAAUACCUCCGGCACAGAGCGCCGCGUCGGCGUCACAGUCUCCAUUGGUAAUCACCCAGAUAUUGUAAUUGGUGCCAGCCAUGCUACAAGAGACACAAACAUCAAACAAAACAGAGAAACCCAGCAAGAUAAAACCAACAAUACCGAGCUAUACAAAAAUGACGGGAGCCGAAAUGAGAGCGAGAGUCAGCGCCGACUCCGCAAAUCGCGCGGCAGCGUCAGUCUGCAGGAGACCAGCAAGACGUUCAACUAUACAUUCGACAAACGAAAAAAUCCGCGCGAGGCGGGCGGACCACCGCUGGGGACCACGGACCAUCCGCUCCUGGUCACUGCUGGUCAGCAGCUGAAGCAGACCGCGACCUCCCGGUCAGCCAACAACUCCAGACCGCCGGAAGAUCCGAACGUCUCCAGACCGGCGCGACCGUCCAACUCUUCACUUCAUACGGACUUUAAUAAAACAAGUCUUCAGAGGAAAGAUACCCUACCAUUCAGCGAUUCCAGACAGCCAAGAACAGGAACGGAGCCUUCUGACCAGGCAGGCAUCGACAGCUCUCUGAGACCACAGCACCACGGCACACUGCUGGUAAAAUCCAGUGACAACGAACCGUUACAGCAAGUCGGCAUUCCCAGUUUCAUAAUACAAAAAGGAGGCGAUAGCAGACCAGCGACACACGCAGGCAUCAGCUCGGAGCUGGGAUCGGGGAGCAGCUUCCCACAUCAGCAUAACACUGCUGGAGAGCCGGCCGGCUCGGGACACGGUGCAAAAACGCAUGGACUGACCCACUGGUCGAAAUCACACUCCCGAAGCGGCUCAAAGUCGUGACCGUCUUUGGAACAAGCGUGCAAUACUGUACGAAUACGGGCCCGUUUUUACGUGGAAUGGGUCGUGUACUUGGUGAACUACGUUAUACAUCAUAGAAGCAGUAGAUACCCAUCGCAUAUGCUUCUUGUAUGCCCGGCUGUAAGCCAUCGAAUAAGAAUACAGACUGUCCACUAACGCGCCAUCGUUUUCUCGCAUCUGACUUUUCAAUCGAUUCGUGCCCGCGUAUUAAUUUACCUUUUUGCUUCUUUAUGGUUGUUGUUUUUGGUCAUCUUUGCAUAUGCUUAGACGGAACGCUCCUGGAGAUAGAAGAUACAAAAUAUACCUAAUAUCAUACUCUUGUUGCAUCUGGUUAGAUCGUUAUCAGCCAUAGGCCUGGCCGAUAAAAUCAAUACAAUACCGACCGUUAGAACGUUCAGAAAAAUGUUUGGUGUAUGUUACAGCUACGUUUCUUUUAAAAUACACAUUACCCUG